GGGGUGUCUGCCUAGACAUGGCCUAGAGUCCCCUAAUGUCGUAGGCUGCUCGUGCCUACACCUUGGCUCAUUCAAGAGGGAUGAUUGGUGGCUGAUAGAUAGCCCUCAUAGUUACAAGUCCAAGAUUCAGUGAGCUUGGUAAGUUGCCACCUUUUUUGGUUGACUGGGGGUUCAUGAGGCUCUUGAGGAGGCGAGGUUAAAGGUCAUAGAGGUGAUCCCUGGCCUUCCUGGCCUCCCUGGCUGAUUGCUGAUUUUCGUCCCAUCUGGAGCCGAAGAAGUCCUCUGUCGUUGGCCAUCGGUGUGUGCGAGGAUUGCCGGGUGUGGACUGGAGGCGAGGCCAUCCAUCAUGUUGCCGUUGCGGGGAGGCUUGAGUCAUCCGCCGCAGAGCGAGUCGGUUGCCAGUGGACCCGGUCUUCAGCUCAAGCUCUCCGUUUUCCAACCCACCUUCAGCGGAGAGGACUUCCUGAUCUGCUCGGAGGAUUUCCCCGAGAAUGUUCUGGUGCCCGGACACUUGCUCGAGAUCUUCCAGCACGACGAGGAGAGUGGCCAGGACACCCGAAUUGUGCUCCAGUUGAAGAAAUGUAACAUUUGCGAUCCAGCCGCGGCCGCCGCCAAAAAACUCAAUAAACAAAUCUUCUACGUGGAAAAGUCCAUUGCCGAGUCGUUUCGGUUCCAGAACUUCAAAGAUGUUCAUGUGGCCCAGGUGACCCAAAUGAAGCAUGUGCAAUUGGACUCGAUGGAGUUAAUAUUUCGCGACCAAUAUUUAAGCCGCAGCGAUAUGUUUCGCCUGCGCAGCUCACUCAAGGGAGCUUGCGUGUACCAAAACAAGAAAGUCGAACUGGCCGCCGGCAGUGGACGCCUGGGGGUGGUUAGCGAGAUGUGGAAUCAGGGCACUACCGUGUCAUGCGGCUUGAUCACGGAGGACACUAUCAUCGUGUUUCGAUCACCCACGGCCAUGGUCUAUUUAUUCAUUCAAGUCAGCUCUGAAAUGUUCGAUUUUGAUUUGAAGAAAAGUAGCACAGUGUAUGAGAAAGCCGUGGAUGGGUUCCUAAAGGAAAUGUUCAACUUGUGGCAUCGGAAGAACGCCUCGCACGAAGUUACUAUCGUCCUGUUCUCCCGUUGCUUUUAUGAGGCUAAAUCAUUGGACGAGUUUCCCGAACCUAUGCGAGAUUGUUUGCGCCAAGGUUAUAAUGGACGUUUCUAUGAGGACUUUUAUAAAGUCGUGGAGCAAAACGAGAGAUACGAUGAUUGGAAUCCCGUGGUCAUCAAGUUGCUGAAGCUUAUUCGAAAUUAUGGGUCGGAAAUCUUAGAAUACCAUGCUCAUUUAGGCGAAAGUGUGCCUAAGGGCAAGAUAUCCAAUGCCGAAAUGGGAAACUUUCUGGAAAUCCUCAACAUGUCCUUAAACACAUUUGAGAAUCACUAUCUGAAUCGCAAUCUCGACCGCACGGGUCAGCAAAGCAUCGUAAUCACGCCAGGUGUGGGACUAUUUGAGGUUGACUUCGAAUUGGCUCAAGUCACGAAACAACGAAUUAUUGACAGUGGUGUGGGCAGCGACUUAAUCUGUUUGGGACAACAACCUCUGCAUGCUGUACCUUUGUUAAAGUUCACAAACCCUCGAAGUGACCCGUACAAUAUGCCGCAUUGGAUCAAUUUGAGUUUUUAUAGUGAAAAGAAGACCACCGGGUUCCAAUCUCGUAUUCGACCUCCGCCGAGUCUGCGAAACCUCCCUGGGACUGCAAGAUUACCUUACUUGAAAAGUCCGUUUAGUGUGGAGACAAUCUUCACACCGCUCUUCAUGAAACAGUACGACGAGAGAGUGGAUGAAAAUGAAACUGAAACUGACGAGGAUCCCUUGGCCAAAAUUAGCAAGUCCGAGGUUCUCGAGAACGCUAAAAUGAACACGCCUUUCAACCAUCAAACCAUAAAGCGACUUCUACUGAGACCAAGUAGGGUUUUGGUAAAUCCUUUUGAUCCAACUCAAACCAAGGUACAUAUCACUUCCAAUCGGCGUCGAUGGACCCAUAUCUUUCCAAAAGCCGCUCCUGCUCGGGAAAUCGCCGUCAAAGACGAAGCAGAAGUAACACCUGCCACAAUUGUGGAAGAGACGCUGGACUCGUCUGAUGCCUUAACUGGACAACCCCUUUCCGAAGCUAAUAAUUGGGAAGAGAUGAGGAACGCAGGCGUGGAUUGGAAAUCGCUCACUGUACCAGCAUCUUUGCCUCUGACGACAGAUUACCUUCCCAAAAAGGUGGAUCUGGAUAACAAUUAUUUGAUUACGGAAUACGAGAUUCGACCAGAGGCAUUUAUAUCCGGAUACAAGAGUGGAAAUCAAUUGUCGAUUCGUUGUGAAGACAUCUUCCAUGAACUGGUCGCCCAACGAUUGGCGCAGGGAUUUCAACAAAUCAUGACUUGGGCCGAGAACUUCCCGAAGGCCAAAUCUCCUCAUGACAUAUGGCUUUCCAUCGGUCGGAUUUACCAUCAUCUAACCGUGGAAGACGUAGGAUCCAAGCAGAAGGUGGUGAUCAAAUGCUUCAGACCCAACAAGUCGAUCAAUCGCUCCAAUAUUCACUACCAAUACCGCUUUCAAGCACCCGAUAACGACAAGUACGAGAUGUCCUGGGUCGAGUUCAAAACCGAAAAGCUUGAAAUCUUUAACUGGAAUCACAUGGACCAUUAUGUUUGUACCAAAGGUGAAGGAGAUUACUCGUUGAAUGAGAAUCUCAAGUUUUGGAGGUUCCGAAUGUUACUUGUUCCAAUCUCACACUUCACCAAAUCUACGAAGUCAAUUAUGGAGAAGUUCUCGUUCGGAGAUUGCUAUUUGCCAUUACCCAAAGAUUCCUCGUCUCGAGUAGAAGGUAUCUUUCGAAUGGUUGACUCUUGCUUCAAUAAGCUUAAGCGCCAACCCAUUCCUAAAACAGAGACGGAUUUUGAGCCAAUCUCUUUGCCGAGAGAUAAAAUGAGAUUGGACAUCUUGGAGCAAAUCAAAUCCGGAAACUUCCCGGUAAUCGUCAAAACCUCAUCGAUGUUACCCAACGUCACAUUUUUGAGUUACGAUGCGGUUAAUUGGAGUCUCAAGCGGUACGCAGGGCUGAAGGAGAAAUCCCAGGCCAUCGCCUUGUUUCAAGAAAUGAUUGAUCAAGGCAUGAUUGGACAUGCUUCUGGCGAUACUCGAAGGGCGUUCCACUUUGGAUAUGUCAUGUAUUCCGUCCGGGAUGAAGAGUUCAACAAAGUUUUUGCUCGAAGAGUCGAUGUGGAUGCUUACUAUCGGCGGUGGAUGGAAAUUGAAUUAACUGCCAUGGAUUUGCCAAAACCUUCGCCACCCAAGUCGAAGGCCGAAUUCCGAUAUACUUACCUCAAUCUCACCAAUACAAAGCAAAACAACUCCCACCACGAAUGGGGUCAUCUUAUGUACGAGACUCAACUAGACGGAGAUUCGGCCUUUGAGAUGACUAUGCAAUGGACCGUGGCCUCAGGCUUGGCCAUUGCCGAUCUCCUACUAAAUACAGCUAGAAAGGCUUUCAGUCACAAUUUGGCCCUAUUUCCGUUGCCUCGAGAUGCUUUUGCCUUGCCAAUUACCCUCAAUUCAGAUCCUGUUCGUGGGCCAAUCUUUAUUCAGUUAAACACGAACAGUUUGUCAGAUUUUAAAGAGGUCUUGGAUGAGAACCGCUUGUUCCAGCUCCGAGAAAGGAUUGCUGAGCGAUUCGGAUUCAUCCGCUGUCCAUCCACGAGCACGUCCGAUCAUCGUCAAAAGAUCCUGUUCUCCACAGAUCAUCAGUACAUACAUUGCACAGGAAACAUGUCCCUCCUGAUUCCCAGGAGUCUGUCCAUGACUGAGAAGGCCUCUGGGAUUCAAGGGAUGUCGAGUGGAAGCUCCAAAAAGAGCCCUCAUUACGAUCAUUCGGGCACUGGGUUCUUGUGGUCGUGGAAUUUCAUGAUCUCGAGACGUUGGAAACAAGUGUUUGUAAGCAUGGGAGCGACUGGCGACAUUCCAUUCAUGGAUCACAUGUUGGCCGACUUCAGAUGCCUUUGUCAGAACAAGGACGGAAGAUUGGAUCCUGUGUUCAAGGAGCUGUUCUAUCCAGAGCCGGAAAUUGACGAAACCCAUAGAGCCGAGGUGACAAAUGGAACACCUGAGUCAGACUCGACUGCGACUAGCUAAAUGUGGAAAUGCUAAGUUUAAUGUCAGUGACAAUGCCAACAUUGCAACUUGAAUCGGCUUUGUAUUUUAGAUGAUUUACUAGUAAUGAAGUGUGAAAAUAUUGAAUAAAACUGAAACAUGCUUG